UCUUGCAGUGCUGCUGUUAGCAUGAUCACAUGAAACAGGACGUUCUGUCUGGGACAGACUUACCUGUGGAAAGUGUGUGUUUUAAAAAGAUGAAAUACACUCUAGGAUUGAUUCAAAAACAGUUGAAAUGCAGAGUCAUUAAAAGGGUGUCAGCCAAACAAUGGACGUCAUCUUCCGAAUGAUCAAUGGAAUAGACUUUCUAUGAUGAGAAAUGCUUUAAUCCCUUCUUCUUCGAAGUGGAUUAUUUCCUGUCCAUCAGUGCUGGGUUGGAUCUAGCAAUGGGGGAUAUGGCUGUAUGAUUGUGUCUCCAUCCACAUUUCUCGUGGAACCACCAACAAACAUGUCUGAGCUUCCAUCAGCUGCACUUCCAAAGAGGCCUUUGCAGGGAUCUCAGCAUGGGAUGUGUCUCCCGUUACACAGCAGUAAGCAAAGUAACAAUGCUUUCACCUCGGAGUCCCCAUCAUCACCAUCAUCGACUUCGCUAUAUGAAAGAGGUGAAACGUCACCAGACUCUAUACGUAGCUUGAGUAGUCUGAGCAGUGCCAGAACAGAUAGUCCUCUGGAUGUGGACAUGCCAGAGAUGGAGAUGGGAAAAGCGAAAGCCAGCAGUGAUGAUUCAGGCAUACAGAGCCCAGAAUGCAGACCAGACUACAGUGAGGACAAUGACAAUUCUGUGUCUGUCUAUAUGGAUGCUACUGAAGACUGUUGGAGUGACAAUGACAACCAAAAUGUCACUUUGGUGGUAACACAGAAGGUUGGUCAAAGUGAUGGUGAUGAUACAUUCUUGUGCUCUUCAGAAAAUGGGGGUGAUGAUGAUGAUGACACUGAAGAGGAAGAGGACACUUUCCUUUCUUUACCCUCAGUAGGAUUAUUAAUGAAGUGCCAAGUUGUUGUUUCUGCUCUGGAAGUCUCCACCAGCUCUGAAGUGCCAAACUGUGUUUUACCUGACAUUUCUGAAGGCCAACCAGCAGAAGUGCCUAACAUGGCUGUGGUGAAUAAAACCCAGAGGGAAGUAGUCUCUGUUGAGCUGUCCUCAGCCAUUCGAGAAACUGACAAAGUGAAUGACACAGUGGUGUCCUCUGAAAAUACUCCCACAACAGAUACCAGAAUCACAACAUCUUCUCGCACAUCCAUCUCAAAAGCGGACAACCUGCCAAAGAAAACAGCGGAAAAGACCAGUGAUCUGGAAGGAUGUGUUCUUGCCAAGCCUCCUACAAGGGCUGUUUUGACCAAAGCCACAAAACCUGAGGCGAAGAGGUUCCCCAGGCCAGACCUGAGGAACGUGAAGGCCAAAAUCAUCUCCAGGGCUGCCUCUGCGCCAAGAUCAGCCGAUGCCGCAAAAACAAACACUAACGUUAACCAGUCCGCUUCAGGGAGUGUGAGGGUUCAUGCUAGUAGGAAGGUGGAAAAUAAAGCUGUUGGACAAAACAGCAUAUCAUCAUCAAACCAUAAAAGAGAGAAUGAAACAAUGAUGGUGGACAAUGGCAGUCAAGAGAAAGACGUUAACACUUUAUCCUUGCCAACACAAGGGGAAGAAACAAUGAAGUCAGAAUGUCCUCCUUCAAUUGAUUUUAAAGGAGAACUUCAACUUGAGAAAGAAGCAGGGGAAGAAAACUCUAAAAGCACCAGCAAGACUGUGUCUUCCAAGUUGGGACCCUCUCUGGGGACUAAUAGGACAUCCACCUCUGGACCCCCAGAAACCAGACUAAAGCCCUCUAACCGAGAAACCCGACCCACAGGUAGUCUGGGUCCACUGGGAGGCCGAGCGGUUCAGCCGGCUGGUAUUCCCAGGAUGCGAAGCACAGACAGGACCGCAGUGCCCUGCAGCCCCUCUUCUGUUUCCAGCCCAUCUUGUAAGGGUCCUCAGAAAGCUGCCUCUUCCAAACUGCCUGUCAAAGGCCUACCCACAAGCCCCAGCUCCUCAUCACUGGGAAGUACAGUCAGCGAAAACAACAAUAUUGCUGUAAACAAAGUUCUGGCUGAAGGGAUAAAGAUUGAGGAUAAGUCUAUCAAACAAUCACCGCCAUUCCAGAUUCAAGGAAAGUCUGUAGUUAGCAAACCUGUAUCAGGUCACCGCAGCAGAGCAAGCUCCACGCCGUCUAAACCAGUGACAGGGCUGAAGGCCCCAGCUGUGACCAGCCACAUUACAGCUAAGACUAGCCAGAAUCCUUUGCAACGCAGUGGAUCUGCACGAUUUAUUCGCUCAUCAUCAGUAGCAGUGGACAAGAGCUCCAAGGGGCCCAAAGCUGCAGGGGCAACAGCUGGACGGACACAGCAGCACAGCCCGGCUAGUCAAGGAGGAGUGACGGAGGAAGAGGACGGGAGAGGUCUUCGUCUUCAAAAUGAGAAGAAGAGCCAAUGCAUCCUGCACCUCCGUAAACUCAUCGCUGAUGGCAAUCGCCGCCUGGAGGCUCUCGCCCUGGUUGUGCAGCACAUCUUCAGUGAGGUUGGAGAGUUUUACUGCUUUAUAUUUUUGAUUUAUUUCUGUGUACAUAUUUCUUUGUGCAGGUUUUCUCCCCAUUAAUUUUCUGCUUUACUUUCUUGUAGUGGUGUGAUUAUAUUGAUAUUGACAGCACAUUAUUGAUCUUUUAGCAAAGUGGUCUCUAACAGAGAGCUACCCAAAGUGGUGUUUUCAUAUGAGAGUGUUGGAGAUAAAGCGUGAUUUA